AUGGAACAAAUUUCAAGAAUAGAAGAAAAUUGGAAAAUUCGCGAAGAUGUACAAAUACCGCCAUUUCGAAAUUUCGAUGAAUUUCUUUUGGGGAAAGCAAGAUUCGAGUUACCACCAUUUCGCGAUUUAACGAAAUGGAACAAUCGAAUAAUGAGUAAUUUAUUAUAUUUUCAAACAAAUUAUAUUGUUAUCACAUUAGUUCUCGUAAUUAUUUCGUCAACAUUAAAUGCUCGGGACAUGUGUAUUGGUUUAUUGUCGAUAUGCAUUUUCGCUCUUCGUCGUCAAAAUACAUUAAUCACUUUUGGAGCGGUAAUCAUAUCACUGUAUAUUUUUAUUCGAUCGUUUUCUUCAGUUAUUACAGUGGUCUUCAUAUUUGCUAUACCAGUAUUCGCAAUACUUGUACAUGCAUCGAUUCGUCUUCGUAAUGUGAAAGCAAAACUCAAUCAUCAACUUGAAAGAAUCGGUUUGAAGACAACGCUAAUGGCUCAGUUACUCGAAGCUUUUAGUAUUGAUAUAAGAAAUAAUUAA